CUCUUCAGACUGCGGACGGAGUCAAAUUCUGCACAGAGGAAGCGGCAGAAGCUCGGAGGCCCUCCAUGCUUUAAGAGGACAGAGAGCGGAGCUACAUUUACUUCUACACACGAGAAACGUUUAUGUUACAUGCCUUACUUUAUUUCAAACGUUUCAAAGUUUUUUCUUGGGUAACGUUAGCUCAUUUAGUGCAUUCCCAUACCGGGCUGGAGGUCGGUGCCUACAGGAAUAUGCUUAGGAAUACAAUCGUUUUCUUUAGCCUACUCGUAAAACGUGAAAGGAGUGUUUCACAAAGCCGAAAGUAACCGGGACCUCUUUUUUCCACCAAAAACUUUAACUUCCUUUUUCGCUGUGGAUAUGGCUUGGAUAAGAUGGGGCCUCUUAUUUUCGUUGGGUUUGUUUCUCUCCCCGGUAUGCGUGUCAGCGGAGCAGCGGCAGAGCCAGAGCGGCUUCAGGAGGCUGUACGUGCUCCAGCCCGGGCCGGGGCCGGGGUCGGCCGGAGCGAACGGCGGGGUGCGAGUCAGCUCCAUCUCGACGCAUCACAGCGCGGCGGGGCAGCCGCACACGUACAACGUGGAGCUCACCGCCAACUUCGGAGGCCAGGUCAGGACCCGCAGGAUGGGGAACCAGGCGGCCUCAGCCCCGCAGUUCAGUCACCAGCAGCCGGUGGUCCGGCAGAGCGGACUGGAGCAGAGCCAGCAGAAACAGCUCAUGAUGUCUGGGGUGAAUGUCUGUGGGGGGCAGUGCUGUCAUGGAUGGAGUAAAGCUCAGGGAUCGCAGCGGUGCACGAAGCCCAACUGCAUCCCUCAAUGCCAGAACGGAGGAAUGUGCCUCAGGCCUCAGCUCUGUGUCUGCAAGCCUGGCUCAAAGGGGAAGGCAUGCGAACAGAAGACGGUGCCCACACAGCCCUUUCCAGCAGUGCCUGGGAAUGGGCCCACCAACGGGCACACCACUGCAAACUCAAAUGGACACACUAAUGGACACAAUGUGGUACCCCAGCGGCCCAUACCUCAGCAAGUUCCUCCUAAUGGUUAUGGCUCUGCCCCCACUCCCUCCAACAACAUGGCCCAGAUGAAGCUAAGUGUCAAGCCGGCCCCCCAGCUUGUACGACCGCAUUACAUCCAACAGCACAUCCAACAACAGAUCAGGCCCAUGCCCAUGCACCCAGGUCAGAGCCAGCAGUAUAUUGUAAAGCCCAAAUACUACCACACACACACCACGCACACACAGGCGCAUGUCCAGUCCCAACCUGAGAGGCCUAUCCCCCUCACAGUGGGACACAACCCCAUCCAUGUGGGGAACCAUACAGGAAGGAUCAAGGUGGUCUUCACACCAACUAUCUGCAAAUUAACCUGCGUAGGAGGCAGAUGUCACAACAACUGCGAGCUGGGAAACACCACCACCAUCAUCAGUGAGAAUGGCCACGCUACAGACACCCUGACAGCACCCAACUUCAGAGUAGUGGUGUGUCACCUGCCGUGUAUAAAUGGUGGGAAGUGCAGCACCAGGGACAAGUGUCAGUGCCCUCCCAACUUUACUGGAAAGUUCUGCCAGAUGCCCGUUCAGAACGGACACCAGCAGACGUCAGGCGGCUACAGCCAACCUCAGGUCCACUCCACACACACAUUGCCUCUGACCUACAGCAACGGCCAGAAUCCUGUGUACAGCCCCAGCAUUGUCAACAUCCACAUCAAACAUCCUCCAGAGGCCUCCGUCCAGGUGCAUCAGGUGUCUCAGCUGGAUAACUACCAUAACAAUGGGCACCAGCUGAAGGGUUCCCAGUCAGGCUCCUCUUCAUCUUCCAGCUACACCUAUCACCACACAGAGAGCAGCCAGAAAAUCCAGCACCAUGGCUACAACAUAGUUUAUCCCAGCCAGCAUGGCUACCAGGUCCCCCAGUACCAGCCCGUCACCUCCAAGAACACACUGGGUCGCUGCUUUCAGGAGACUGCAGGCAGUCAGUGUGGGAAGGCUUUGCCAGGUCUCACUAAGCAGGAGCAGUGCUGUGGGACCAUUGGGACAUCCUGGGGUUUUCACAAAUGCCAGAAAUGUCCAAAGAAACCUUCUAUUCCUCUCAUAGAUUGUCCUCCAGGUUACAAGAGAAUCAACAGCUCCCAUUGCCAAGAUGUAGAUGAGUGCCAGCUACAGGGUGUGUGUCCUAAUGGAAACUGUGUGAACACCAUGGGCAGCUACAGGUGCAUGUGUAAACCUGGCUAUGUCCCUGACCCCACGCUUACAACUUGCAUAUCCAACACACCUGCCAUCCAAGAGGAGAAGGGGGCUUGCUUCCGUUUGGUCAGCUCAGGGAGGCAGUGUUUGCACCCAGUUUCUACCCAGCUGAGUAAACAGCUCUGCUGCUGCAGUGUGGGCAAAGCCUGGGGCCCUCGUUGUGACAAAUGCCCCCCUCCAGGAACAGCUAAGUUCAAAGACAUCUGUCCUGGUGGAAUGGGCUACACUGUUCUACCAAAUCCGCCUGUCAAUAAGCCGGUCACUGUAUACCAGGAGCCCGUAGACCCACAACUCCCCCAACCUCUGCCAACACCAGAGAGACCAGUGGAGGCCUUUGGGAAACCAGACGAUAUUAUACCAGUAGCAACAGCUGCACCAGAUCAGGAGCUGGUAAUUCCUGUGGUUAGUAAUAGGCCAAUAGUUGAACCUAUCCUGCCUCAGCUAUCUCCGGGUGUAUCCACUGUCAAGAUCGAGGCAGCCUACCCAGAGGUUGUUGAGAGGAGCUCUCCACCUGCCCCAGUUGAGAUCCUCCCUUCUAAUGCAGGCCAGGACAUCGCUCCCACCCAGUCAGCCGAGGUGGAUGAGUGCCAGAUCAACCCUUAUAUUUGUGGUCCUGGGAUUUGUUACAACACAGCUGAGGGUUACACCUGCCACUGUAAUGAGGGCUUCCGCCUGGAUGACGCCCACACCACCUGUGUAGAUCUGGAUGAGUGUUUGGAAAGCCCAUCUUUGUGUUCUGGUGGUCGCUGCAAGAACACAGAGGGCAGUUUUCUGUGUGUGUGUCUGCAGGGGUUCCUCGUCAGCGAAGAGGGAACAAGUUGUGUUGAUAUAGAUGAGUGCCAGGAUCAGCGGGUCUGUACCAGAGGCCACUGCCAGAACACUGAAGGCUCCUUUAUCUGUCAGUGUGGGCCAGGCUUCAGAGUGUCCCCGGCUGGAGACUAUUGUGAUGAUGUGGAUGAGUGUUUAGAGGAAGCCAGGCCCUGUGAUGCUGUAGGGGAGUGUGUUAACAACGUGGGCUCCUACACCUGUACCUGCCCCCAGGGAUACCGACAGAUCAACGGCACCAGCUGUAGAGAUGUUGAUGAGUGUAUGGAUGAUCCAGAGCUCUGUUCCCCCCACGGCGACUGUGUCAAUACAGAGGGAUCCUAUUUGUGUGUAUGUGAGAGCGGAUUCACUGCCAAUCUGGACACGCCCUCCUGCGAUGAUAUUGAUGAGUGUGGGCUCAAUGAGACACUCUGUGGCCCUCAUGGCUUCUGUGAGAACAGACUGGGCUCUUUCCGAUGCCUCUGUGAGCAGGGCUACCAGGAGUCCCAGGAUGGCCAAGGCUGUGUGGAUGUAAAUGAGUGUGAGCUGCUGAGCAGUGUGUGUGGAGAGGCCCAGUGCGUGAACACUGAUGGUUCCUUCCUCUGCGAGUGUCCCAGAGGCCAGGACUAUAACGUCAUGAUUGCCAAGUGCGAGCCCAUUCCCACAGGGUCAUCAGUGGAGCUGAAGGAGUGCUACUAUCGUCUGAAUGAUGAGAACUUGUGUGAGAGUGUGCUGACCAGCCAUGUCACUCUGCAGGAGUGCUGCUGCACAUUAGGUGCUGGAUGGGGUGACAACUGUGAGGUGUAUCCCUGUCCCGUCAAUGGCACAGACCAGUUCAAUCAGAUGUGUCCAUCUGGAAGAGGUUUUAUUCCCAAUGGAGAUUCACUGUACGUACCCACAGCUGCCAGCUACAAAGAUGCAGAUGAAUGUACACUGUUUGGCCAGGAGGUGUGUAAAGGAGGCUUCUGUUUGGACACUGUGGGCAGCUACGAGUGUUACUGCAAGACAGGACAGGACUACGACCCCUCCAAACUGGAGUGCAGAGACAUCAAUGAGUGUCUUGAUGACUCGGUGUGUGUUGGUGGACAGUGUUUGAACACAGAUGGCUCAUACAUGUGUUUCUGUACACAUCCCAUGGUGUUGGACCCAAACAGUAACCACUGUGUCUUCGUUCCUGAGGUGGCUGAGCAACAUGAGACGGAGCAGAUAGACUACCAGGGUAUCUGCUGGCAGACGGUAACAGAAGGCAUGACGUGCACACAGCCGCUAGGUCCCAACAGGAAGACCACAUACACAGAGUGCUGCUGUCUGUACGGAGAGGCCUGGGGCAUGGACUGUGCCCUGUGUCCGCCCAGAAACACUGAGGAUUAUGCUUUCAUGUGUAACCUUGAUGGGCGGCGGUCAUACGGUCAUGAUGCCCUUGUUGCCAGCCCAGUCCAUGAAUAUGAAGUGAGCCCAGAUUAUUCACCUUCACCAGAGCAGCAGGCUGUCCUGCCAUUUUACGACAAGGAUUACCCAUUCAAGGCAUUUGAGGGUUUGCGAGCAGAGGAGUGUGGGAUACUGAAUGGCUGUGAGAACGGUAGGUGUGUCCGCGUUCAGGAGGGCUACACCUGCGACUGCUUUGAUGGAUAUACCCUGGACCUGUCCCGCAUGGCCUGCAUUGAUGUGAACGAGUGUUCAGAGCUAAACAAUCGGAUGUCGUUGUGUAAAAAUGCAAAGUGCAUUAACACAGUGGGCUCCUAUCAGUGUGUGUGUCUGCCGGGCUUCACUGCCUCUGACAAACCCAACUACUGCGUGGAGGCAGCAACACACCAAACAACACACACAGUGAGUGUGGAUGGACACUAGGGGCUGACAAGAGACACUACAACCACACGCACAAGCUUGUAUUACUAUACUUGUGAGGACGUCCACUGACAUUCAGCCACUGCAAAACUCUCAACAGUAACCAUAAAGUUCAACUCCCUAGUUUGGUUAAAGUGUCCAGCAGCGCUCCUAAAUCCCAAAACACUUCACAGCUGAUCAGCUAAAGUGACUGGGAAGAAACCUAGACAUUUUGCGGUCAUAUAACAAAACCAGGGAGUAUACCUUUGAACUGUUGAAAAUCUAUUCAUAAUUUGCCCCAAAUCUAAAUCAAACCUCAAAAACAUUAGCCUUAAACCUUGCCUUUGAAUUAAUAUUAUCAUUAUUGGAAUUUUACUCCAUAAUUUAAAAGUAAUCCAAGUCCAGAUCUGCUGUUCACCAGUGUCACAUAUUUUUUUCAACACUAUGGACUUUUUUUUUUAACAGGACUUUUGUUGUAUUAUGUCUUUCAUCAUUUUAGUGGUUUUUGAAUGUGGACCUUUUUAAGUAAACCCUGCCUAAAUGUUAUAAAGUGCUCCCAAGUGUUGUAACAAGCAUAACAGUAUCAUUUUUUAGAAUUUUUCACUGACUGUAUAUUGUAACUUGCUCUGGUUUCUUUAGUUCUUUAUCCACACUCAUAUGCUGUCAUUUUAAAAUGCAUAAAUAUUGCUAUGUUAAUGCCUAGCAUCCACGCUACUUUGGAACCCCUAAAAUAGAGCACUUUGAAAUUGCCAUUGACCCUAUAUCAGUUUGCGAACCCCAGGUUUGCAUUUUAGUCUAUUUGCUUUUUUAACAACACCCCCCUCCCUUUUACUGUCAAAUAUUUGCAGGACUGUGUCGUAACUUAGUGGCUUGCAUGGCUCCAUAAAUUUGCAGAGCACCACCUACUCAUAGCAGCAGGCAGCUCUGCAGCAGCGCCGCAGCAGCAGUAUGAACUGCAGCAGUUCAGUGAAGUAGCUGUCCCAUGCGGUUCACGCAGGCAGUGUGGCCUGGGUAUUAUACUUAUGUAAUACCUACUUACGUAUACUUAUGUAUACUUUCAGUAAAGGUUCCACCUUGUCUUCGGUGGUACUUUUCGCCAUGUCCAUACUAUUUUCUGUAACUAAGCAACCAACUGCAGCGUAGGCAAUCUGCUUCCUGUUUACACCAGCACAUGCAUGCCCAGUGUACAUGACUGGCCAUGUGACAUGCGCUGUCAGGCGUGUUAGUAUAGACAGAGAUUAUUUCUAAAAUGGUGCUAAAAUGCUAGUGUCUAUGGAGGUCAUUUUCGUUUUAAAAUGAAUGUAUUAGUGUGGAUUUGGCCUUAGUUGAAUUCUUUCCAAGAGUUAGGUGGCAGAUUUCAUGUUUGUGCUCUGUCUAUGGAGCUAGCUAGGCUUACCAUGAAGACUCAAAGCAACCUUGGUCUUUAUGCUCUGCUGUACUUACACACAUGAGGGUGGUAUAAAUCUGCCUAUCUUGCUAUCAUAAAGAAAGUGAAUGAGUGUAUUUUCCUGAAAUGUUGAACUCUUCUUUAAUUAUGAAUGGGUAGUGAUUGAUAGAAUAUUGAUCCUAAUUAUAUGGUAAAGAGUCAGUUUGGAUAACAAAAUGCAGAAGUCAAAAAAAGGAAGAAAGCUAAAGCACGACUCACCUCCGGUCUGCAGUUAGUCAAGGUUUAAGAAAUGUUCACAGUAAAAGUGUCUGAAUCAGAAUGGGGCCAGUAGCACUUAUGAAUAUUAGUGAGUUAAUCAAAAAGCCAUAAAAAUGUGCACAGAGGCUGUUUUAUUAUUUUUGUUUGAACCUCCUUCUACCAUACUGUCACUCGCUCUACAAAUAUUAAACAUAUAAAUUAUUAUUGCAAGGAAUCACUGUUAAUGUUACAAGUUCCACCUGUGCAUUUACUGCAAUGACAAGUCAAAAUAUCUGCUGUGUAAACUGUCUCUCAUUCCAAAUUUCUUUCUAAUGUUCCUAUGAAAUGUAAUGCAUUGCAUUCUGGGAACAUCAUGGACAUUAAGAAUGGGAUACCAGACUCCAAGAUGGUGUCCUUUCAUUGGAAUGAAAAUGGUUUUCUGAGCACAUGAGCCAAAAACAAUUUCUAGCUUCCUUACACACUUACAAAUAGCAAUUCAAGGCUCUGGGGACGUUUUACAAGUAUAAAACCCUCUUAAAUUAAAAUGAACAAUACAAAGAGUAAUGUUAUUUCUUGAAAUUUCCAGUGGUCUGUUUACAUGGUUACAGGCCUGUCUUUUUUAAUGGUGGUCUAUGGGAAAAAUGUUUUUUUUUAGACAUUUUACUAAAAGCCACAAAAGUCAGCCUGUUGAUGGUGUUAAAGGAAAGACGAUAAUAAAAGUCACCCUCUGGGGAUCAUGAAUGUCUCCAACAAAUUUCAUAGAAAUCCAUCCAAUAGCUGAGACUUCUUCAGCGUAAUGACCAGCUGACAUUGCAAACCCUUCAGCCCAACCGCUAGCAUGGCUUAUAGAUUUUGCUUGAAAAAAAUCCUUACAAAAUUUCUAGCAACAUAUUUAUUAUACUCCCUGAGUAACUAACCUAUCUCUUCCCUACACACAUGAUGUAGUGUCGGAAUGAAUAAUAAUUAGUGUUUUUUUUUUCUUACUUAGUUCAACAUUUGAUGGAGUUCCUGAUGAAACAUUUUAAGUCAUAUUUAAAGGGAUAGCUCAGAUUUUUUCAAGUGAGUUUGUAAGGGGUCUUUAUUGACAGUCAGUAUUUUACAAACAGUAGUUGUCAGUUGGCGCGCCCUUUGUUUGGAGCAGUCUGGAGUCUUAACUUCUGUGGAGGGGUCAGCAGCAAUACAUAUUUUAGCCACCUAAAAAAAUCAAUAUCACUUUAAGUGUAUGCUAUAUUGAGCUUUACCAUAAUGUCAGACAGUGAUUUCCAGCUGGAAAAUGAAGCCAUGAUAUUGCUCUCCUUAAAACCAGACUCAACUGAGAAUUAAAGCUGCAAGCAGCGAUGAACGGGACCUCGGGCUCUCGCUGUCAGCCUCCAUCUCACAUAGACAGUGCAAAUUAUUCGUAAGAGUCAAAAUGUCGAUAAAACAAGCAAUGUCAAGAGAACGCAAGGUCAUUUUUGGCCUUUAUAUUACAGUACAUUACAAUAUGGAUUUAAUUUUCAACCGAUGUAUUAACUAAAAUGUACCUGUGAUAUGUCAGCUAUGGAAACAAAAUGUCUUGUCCAAAACAUCUACAUUGAAAUGAAAUACACUGUCAUGAUUAAGUUAUUAUAACCCUAACCCUUCAGCCGAGGUCCCUAAAAACUGUGAUUUAAGAAUGCUUAACACAGGAGCUGCUGGUCUACCGCUGCCUCAAACAGUUAUUUUUUUGUGUUAUUGUGUGUAUUAUUGUGUUUAAAAGGGCUAGUCUGGAUUCACCAAAGUCACACAAUAACACAAACUACCUGAUCGUGGCAAUGGUAGACCAGUAGCUCCCAUGUUCUGCAAUAUUGGCUUUGAUGAAAGCAUGGGGAACUGAAGCAGUUAUCGACUUCCCUGUUGAAAUGUGUUGUCUGACUGAAAGGUAAAGCUGUGAAAAUUAUCUUAAUACAAAAUACACUUAAACUGAUACUUUUUUGGUGGCUACAGCAGCUACAGCUCUGCCCAGCCCUGCCCCUUGCACAUGCAACAGGCUGUGAGGCUCCAACACAGAGAGCUCUCCUCUGGAUUGAUCAGCAAAAAUGCAUCAGUGACAAAUGUCUUAAUUUUAUUGCAAAUGAGAGACAGAGUUUGUGAGCUAAAACCUGUACAAGAUAACAUUUAUGUCAACUAAAAGAACAAGAAAUAUAUCUUCCAAAUUUCUCCAAUGUCGACAGCAGAACUGUUAACAUUGGAGCUUAUCAAUACUACAGUCUUUAAUAAUUUGGCCCCAGGGCCUGUUUAAUACCGAAUUCGGUACCCAUCCCAAGCUGAAAUAUGUUUUGUUGCUGACCAAUCCACAGCAGUACACUGCUUGGCUUCCAUGUCAGACUCCAGCCUCCUUCUCCAAACUGGGGGUGUGCAGGCUGACAUCAACUGUGCGUAAAUAACUGACAAUGGAAAAGUACCCCACACAACCCCACUUAAAAAAUCGAACUUUCCAUUUAAUUAUGGUGUAUGCAUUUAAAAUUAUAAUUGUUAACAAUAAGAGGAUAGUAAAUGCUACUUUGAAGCCCAACAACUUCGAUCUAAACCUAAUUCUCAUUUUACCCUCAUUACGAAAUUUUAACUGACAACCUCAAAGAGCUGUGAAUCAACUGGUAUGUCUUUAAGAGCUUUAUCUCUUUUUUAAUAACGAAGGGGACAUUUGGUCCUUAAAAGUAUAGAAAUACAACAAGCACACAGAACACACACACAUACACACACACAGACACUUACUUAAUCAAAGCCCAUAUAUUCUGCACUGUAUAAGAUACACACAUGAAACAAACAGUAAUUUACUUGAGAUGAAGAUUCAACCUAAUCUACUACGUGGUGCCUAUGUGGGGGGAUAGAAACACAGAAUUGUAUAAAAUGUAUGUUUUGUCUGUUGCUUUUCUAAAUCUGUUUCUUAUUUUGUUUUUACGUGGCGUUUUAUGUGAGUUAUAAGAGGCCGUUUUGCUCAUUUAACGCAUCGACAAACCCUAUGGACUUGUGCUGGGGGAUCCAGUUGUUUUUUAAACCCACUCAAACUGAUUGUGGAUAUUUAAUUCUGUGAAGAGGCCAACUGUCUGCUCCCUCUCUUCCUCCAUUGCCAUCCCUCUGUCUGCCAUAAAGAAUAGCAUGUUUCUACAGCAUCACCAAAUCCUGUAAUAUGCACAUUUUGAUGUUCUAAAGAAAUUUGUUAUUGUAAAGCCUUUGGAAUAAGCUUUUUGUAGGAUAUUGUCAUUGUUUUGUAAGAAUGGUAAAAUGCAAUCAUAAAACUACUUAUUUUCUGGGACAAUGCCAAGUUUUAUGUGCCCUCCAAAGAACCAUAAGACCUUCCGUCAACACAUACAGAGGAUGGGUGUUGAGAUGACUGAGAUUCAUUUUUUAUUUUUCAUACUUCUCUUAUCUGCGUUUCACUGCAAAGUCUUGCCAGGUUGUAAAGCUGCUAUGGGACAGCGAUGGGAGAGGAGAAACUUGUGUACAUUUAAAACAAAAGAGUGGAGAAAACAGCUGACGUAUUUGUAAUUUGUACAUGAAUAAAUAGCUUUUCUAUGAAUUCAUAUUAAAGUGUACAUUAAACCCCUUGGUAAUAAACCACAAAUUGUGAUAUUUGCA